CCUCUGGAAGCCAGAGAACAAAACAACCGGCGUUAACCAUGGAGCUUGUCUCUUAUACCCCUCUUCUUCCUCCGGGAAGGGUCAUCUCUUAGGGUAAACAUGGCAGCGUCCUCAUCGUGUCAUCUCUUCAUCCUCCUCUCCCUCUCUUCCAUCCUUGUAGGAGCCAUCGCCGGAAAAAGUAAAGACAUCAUCGAUGGUCCUCUCCUAACUUCCAAGAUCGCCACCAACCGCACCAUCCUCGUCGGUGCCAAGGAGGAGUUCAAAUCUGUGCAGGCCGCCAUCAAUGCGGUCCCUGACGGGAAUUCACAGUGGAUCAUCAUCCACAUCCGUGCCGGCAUCUACAGAGAGAAGGUUGUAAUCCCAGAGAGCAAGUCAUAUAUAUUCCUAAGAGGAAAUGGCAAAGGAAGGACUGCCAUCGUUUGGAAUGACAGCAGCAAUAACAACACACAUUCUGCAUCCUUCACUGUCUGGGCCGACAACGUAAACGUGUUCGGCAUUAGUUUCAAGAAUGACGCUCUGGUUGGUGUUCCUGAUGCUCCAUUCGAGCAGUCAGUGGCAGCGAUGGUUGCUGGAGAUAAGGUGGCUUUCUAUCAUUGUGCCUUCUAUAGUGCCCACAACACCCUCUUUGAUCACAAGGGCAGGCAUUUCUAUGAAAGCUGCUACAUCCAAGGCAACAUUGAUUUCAUCUUUGGCCGUGGCCAGUCCUUCUUUCAGAACUGUGAGAUCUUUGUUCUCGCUGAUAGAAGGACAAAAAUCCUUGGCUCAAUCACAGCUCAAAACAGACAGUCUGCAGAUGAUAACAGCGGCUUCGUGUUCUUGAAAGGCAAGGUAUAUGGCAUUGGUGAUGUCUUUUUGGGUCGAGCCAAAGGAGCUCACUCUCGGGUUAUCUUUUCCAAGACCUACCUCUCCAAAACCAUUACUCCUGCUGGCUGGACCAACUGGAGCUACGAUGGCAUCACCGACCAUUUACUCUAUGGAGAGCACGACUGCCAUGGACCAGGUGCAGACACCGUUCGACGAGUUCCAUGGGCACGGCAACUCACCGAUGAGGAGGUUUCUCCAUUCACAAACAUUGAUUUCAUCAAUGGCAAGGAAUGGCUGCCGGCAUACUAUUAUUGAAGCCUCCUUGUCAUCAUUACUAGCUUUAUAUAAUCCAUUCUUGAAGUUGUAUUCUGUUAGAAAAAUCGUUAAUUACCAUGGUAAUACUAGCUAGAAAUAAUGCAUGAAUUUGGUUGCCGGCAUAAUAUUAUUGAAGACUCCAUAUCUCCAUUACUAGCUUUAUGUAAUACAUAUAAAUGUUAUAUUCUUU